AUGUACAUAAGCGCUGGCCGGCAGAUCUGCAAAGCUCGGACCUUCUUGGCCUGGCCAUCUGCGAAAUUGGGCAGAUCUGCAGAAACACAUGCAGAUCUGCUGAGUCGGUUUGGCAGACGAGGUGCUGGAACAAGCAAGACCUUGAGUAGGACUGACCGGCCAUUCAUCGCAGUCUGUGUGCCAGACACAAUCGUAUCGGUUGUCCGUGAGUUUUGUGUGAGGUCUCAGCGUAGCUGUCAUAGCCGGGCUGGGGCCGAGCAUCUUGCAAUGGACCCACAAUCCCAACAGGCUGACGAGGGGGCUUCAAGCCGCUGGUGGCAGAGACCGGCACUCGUGGCUGGCGCCUGUGCAGUGUUGACACCAACCGGUAGAUGGGCUUUCGUGGCCACCGGUCCAGCUGUUGAGGCUCCGAGACAUUUGCGAGCAAGGCCGCUUGCAAGCGUCUCCACAGUGCCAACGAGCAGAUGCAGCGCCUGCAGGAAUGUGCAGGACGGGUCCAAGACCACUCAUCGAGAGGUGGGUCCAGAGACUGCUUCAGGUGCAUUUUCGAUCAAGGGCUCUGCCUUGGGUGCAGCAGCAAUUCUUGGUGUGCGUCGAGUCUUGGGACACCGGUGCAGGCAGCCGGUUCAGCGUGCACAGUCUCCGUUCGCAGAGAUUGCUUUCGCUGCUGCCCUCUAUGGAACUGUGCGUGCGGCUGCGCAUGCAUGGGUGUCGGCGACCGACAGCUUCGCUUUGCGUGACGAGCUCUUUCAGGACAUGGCAGUGGCCCACACAUAUAAAAACUCCAUUCGGCCAUGGAUUCAGUCGGGAGUCAUUGCUCUGAUCUCGAGCAUCUUCGUAGUUUUCGCGGUCAAGGAGUUUAUCAAGUCGAUGAAAGAGUGGGAACAGCAGCAGGAAGUGAAAGAGAUGUCCGCGAUGGGAGAGGACGCCCUGUUCCUGAUGUCCACUCCGGUCGAUGCGACACCGCUCGAAAAAAAGAAAGACAGGAUGAGGAAGCGCCUGACGCCGCUGCCAAUGCGGCUUCUCGGAGGUCUUCUGGACAAAGUAUGGCUACUGCGUGUUGGUGCAUGCGUUGGGUACCUGCUUCCGUUCCUCAAUGCUUUGGACUUCGGAGAGAUCUCAAUCUCUCUUUAUCCGUAUGCUGUGGGAGUCCCACCCUGUGAGCCAAUCGUCAACUUUAUGCAGCACACCCUCAAAAUGCGCUAUCUAUACAAUGCCUACUUGAAGUCAGGAUACUACUUCCUCAUCGUAUGGUUCCUCUUUAUUCAGCUAGCCGUGAGAAACAAGGCUGCCCCCUUCUACGUGCGCUUCCACUCCUCGCAGGCGAUUUUGAUCUCCAUGCUCUUGGGAGUCCCGCAGCAGGUGUUCUUUGCUGUGCUAAAUCCAUGGGAGUCCGGCCUUUGGGUACAGACUUUCAUGUACCACAGCAUGGUGUCAAUCUUUCUCUUCAUCGUGUGCCUCCUUCUGUGGUGUUGUUUAAAUGCUUUGAUGAAGCGUCAAAUGGCCAUGCCGUUGGUUUCAGAGGCUGCCGUGAUGUGGGCGGGAAAAGAGUGA